AUGGAUGAAUACGAAGUGAGUACGGAGCCUAUGGACCUCGACCUGGACAUCUGGUUCUGUGAGAGCUGUAACUGGACCAUGCGAGAGAGCCAGCGCGGCGCACACAUCAAGACCGAAUCUCACAUCCAGAGACUUCAGUGGCCACCUCACCCCCAGACGCUGCAGUUGCCGUUUCGCCCCAAGUCACCUGCACCCGGAGCACUCGCGGACACCCCGUUCGAUUCCUACGAGGAUAAAUCGCGCGACGCUACCGGGUUCUUUGACUUGCCCCUCGUCCAUUUGUCGGCAAGUAACAAGUUCACCUCGCUCAAUUCGACCAAGAAUAACCCGCGUGAUCCUACCGACUUGCCCCUCAAUGAAUCAUCGGCAGAUAACGAGUCCAACACGCUCGGUGCGACUAAGGAUAACCCGCGUGACGCUAAUAAUUCUCUCGACUUGAUCCUCAUCGACUUGUCGGAUGAUGACGAGCCUACUCCUCUCUCGUCCAACUACGAAUACUCGUUCAAGGGACGACCCCGUGGUCAACAGCAUUGGACCUGCCGAGGAUGCCGCCAGGUCAUGGACAUAGUUCAGAAAAAAUAUCAUCUGUGCGACACUCCCCACUCGACAACCAUGCGCCAGAGAGCAGAGAAAUGGACCUGUGACGAAUGUGGGAUCAAUAUGAACAUGACUGACCGGGAAAGUCACCUGCGAGAUCCGAGCCACGAGGAAAACGCGGCCAAACGCAUCCACUAUCAUCCUAACGGCAAGCGUCAUAUCAAAAUCAAGGAUAUCAGCCGUGUCUACAGGCAGAGUCCGAUCCCUGUCCGACUGUACAAGAGAGUGGGGGCCUACAGGGGGAUUUGGAAAGGAGCGGCAUCUUUCGUCACCGCGGAGCAGAUCGAGAAGGUAUCGAGGGAGUUUGAAGGCGAGGAGAGGAGAGGGAGGGUGGAUGCACGGGCACUUCGCCGCGGUGAAGCCUUCAGGAACAGGAACAGGUAUUUUUAG